UUCUUAGCUGAUCGGAACCGACCAGAGCUGUCGAUUGCCGAGCGGUAGACGGGGGCUGGCGUUAAAGACGGCCUUUAUUAUUUCACAUAAUAAACUAAAACCGAAAGCUGUCUAGGAAAGGAUUCAUCGAAUAGUUUUCCAACAGAAAUAAUAAGCCUUAAAAGUUGACGAUACAAAUAUAAUAUUUGGUUAUUUUAUCCGCUAUAAUUUUAAUACUGCCGGUUCUCCAUGGUGGUGGGUGUGACAUCGAUGGACCCGCCCAAUAAACCUGCAGCCAAUCAGGUGGCAGACGUUGUAUUUGUCAUUGAAGGAACUGCAAAUCUCGGCCCUUAUUUUGAAUCUUUGCGGAAACAUUAUAUUCUGCCUGCCAUUGAGUACUUUAAUGGCGGACCUCCUGCUGAAACAGACUUCGGGGGAGAUUACGGCGGAACGCAGUACAGCUUGGUUGUGUUCAACACGGUGGACUGUGCCCCGGAAUCCUACGUCCAGUGCCACGCGCCCACCAGCUCCGCAUUUGAAUUUGUCACGUGGAUCGACAGCAUCCAGUUUAUGGGAGGGGGGGCAGAGAGCUGUAGUCUGAUUGCGGAGGGGCUCUCGGUGGCUCUGCAGCUCUUUGACGACUUCAAGAAAAUGAGAGAGCAGAUAGGGCAGACUCACAAGGUGUGUGUGCUGCUGUGCAACUCCCCUCCGUACCUGCUGCCUGCUGUGGAGAGCGUCAGCUACACCGGCUGUACAGCCGACAGCCUCGUACAGAUCAUCCGAGAUAGAGGCAUCCAUUUCUCGGUGGUGUCGCCGCGGAAACUGCCCGCCCUGCAGUCUCUGUUCGAGCGCGCCCUGCCCGUGGGAGCUCCGGCCGAGUCCGCGCACCCCGAUUACAGCCAGGACCCCCGUCACAUGGUCCUGGUCCGAGGCAUCGCCCUGCCCGUUGCCCCCGGGGGAGGGUCGGGGGCAGUGCCUCUCAAACCGGUUUUACCCCCCCAGCCAAUGGUCGUCGCUCAGCCUCCUCCGGGGACCGCCUCCCAGGCCCCUCCUCCAAUGAGCACAGCUCCUCCGUACCAGCAGCCUCCCUCUCUUACCGCUGCUCAGGUUGCAGCUCAGUUGGCUGUGGAGGCGGCCAACAGCCAGAAAAGGAACUUUCCUGGAAUGGUGAAUCCCGGCCCGCCCUUCAACAGCCAAUCGGUGAAGCUUGCUGUGUCCGGCCCUCCCAGCCUAGCGACGGUCACCACGGUUUCAACCCCUCACAUGCCCCCGCAGCAGCCCCCUCUCCCUCAGCAGCCCCAGCAACAGCAGGGCCCGGCUCCGGGUCAGCCCACAGCCAAUCAGCAGCAGCCGCAGCCCCCACAGCAGCAGCAGCUAGCCAAUCAGCAGACGCCUCCGUCCUCCCAACCCGGAAUGCCCGGCGUGUCCGCAGCACAGCCCAACUCUAACCCAGUCGCGCAGCAGCAGCCGGUGGCCAAUAAGGUGAUGGCGUGGAGCGGGGUGCUCGAGUGGCAGGAGAAGCCCAAGGCUACGUCAGUGGAUUCCAAUAUAAAACUGACACGCUCCCUCCCCUGCCAAGUCUAUGUCAACCAAGGAGAUAAUCUGAACGCUGAGCAGUGGCCACAGAAGCUCAUCAUGCAGCUCAUCCCCCAGCAGCUACUGACCACGCUCGGCCCUCUCUUCAGAAACUCCAGGAUGGUGCAGUUUCACUUCACCAACAAGGACGUGGAGUCCCUAAAGGGUCUCUAUCGCAUCAUGGCAAAUGGCUUUGCCGGCUGCGUGCACUUCCCCCACAGCGCCCCCUGCGAGGUGCGGGUCCUCAUGCUCCUCUACUCCUCCAAGAAGAAGAUCUUCAUGGGCCUGAUCCCCAACGACCAGAGCGGCUUCGUCAACGGCAUCCGGCAGGUCAUCACCAACCACAAGCAGGUCCAGCAGCACCGCACGAUGAGCUCUGCGGGUCCCAUGCAGCAGGGCGUGGUGCCCCCCAACCAGAACUUCCUCAACCGCCCGCAAGGACCCGUCGCCCUCCCCCACGGCAACGUCCAACAGCAGUCUGUGGUGUCGGGCAUGCCCCCUGUCAGUCAGGUCACCAUGAUGGAGGACCAGCAAAGACAGUCUAACCUGCUGAGAGCGGCUGCCACAGCCAAUCAGCAGACGCCGGGCACGGGCGCCCCGCCCAGCCAGGGGGGACAGGGCGGCCAGGCCCCACCUCAGGCUCCCAUGCUCCGCCUCCCAAACCCGGGAGCCAAUCCGCAGCUUCGCAGUCUUCUGCUCAGCCAACAGCAGCCGCAGCAGGGCGUUUCCCACAUGCUUUCCCAUCAGGCACUGGGGCCGCAGAUGGUGCACGCUCCUCAGGGAGGGGGCGCUCCAAUGCAGCCGCAGUGGAGGCAGCCCCAUGCAGGUCAGAUGUUGAUGGUGGGGGCUCAGAGGGGCUCUGUUGCCCCGGGACCGGGCAUGCCACAGGUGUCCAGCGUCAUGGAGGACGAGAUUCUUAUGGACCUCAUCUGAGCCGCUGCCCCGCAAGAGGACUACACUUCCCAUCAGAUGACUACACUUCCCAUCAUGCCUCGAGCCAAAGCGUUUUCUGAGAAUGAACACUGAGGGGAACGGACUCGUUUUCCUCGUACGGCGCCCGCCCGGUUACCGCGAAAGAGCAGACGGUCGCCGUGGAGCCCUGACCCGCUCGCUCGAAGCGAAAGACACGGGCCGCCGGGCACACACGCCGAACAUACACACACACACACACACACGUUUAUUACACGCCAGGGCGGUUCCACAGCACGGAAGCCCGUUUCACCGAACUUCCCUUCGACCUAUCCGCCGUUUCAUUUUGAAUUCUGAAAGCGAGGCCCGGGCGGCUUGAUUUCUGCGUCGCCGUACGCUCUUUUUUUCCCGCCCUUUCUUCUAUUUUUAAUAAGCUUUUAUCCGAUCAUUUGUUGCGCCUUGUUUGCUUGUUUUCGAGGACGAUGGAUGUUUUUUUCUUCUCGACGAUGAAAUAAAGAUGAGUUUUUUUUUUUGUUUCCCGUGGCGUCUUGCGUUCCCUCCGUUACGCGGAAGUCGAUGCGUUUGCGCGGCGGGCGUUUGGAUGGCUUCGCGGGAGGCUUUCCUGCCGCUGAGGGAGAGAGAAAGAGAGGGAGUGAGAGAGAGAGGACAGUGAUGAAGCAUGUACACCCUCGCCGCCCCCACCCCACCCCCCCCCCCCCCCCACUGGAGAAACAACAGAGAUGCACCGAAACAGAGAGAAAUAGAUUUAGCGUACGUCGCUGAAUGUAUGCCGCUUGUGUCACAGCGUUAAUUUUAACUGCUCCAAUAUGUUGCGUAUCCACCCGAGGGUACGGCCUGCCAAAUAGUGUCUCCCGGCCAAGUAGUUAUACCAGAUGGCACUGUUUGGCAGGGGCGAUAUCUGGCAGACCGUAAAAUCAGCUUGACGAAGACCAGCAGCCGACUACACAUAUGCGCAGACUCCGGCAUCGCCCGCAUUCACACUCUAAAAAGCACACUAUCAGAUGCUGUCGACACGUCCGAACCUGCGCUGCUACUUCCUAUGGACUGCCCGGCAGUGUGUGACUGCUGUAUUUAACGCAGUGCGCACACAAACAAGUAUGCACUUAAAAGCACCAAACAAAUCAGGACGUUCACAUGCAUCCCGACCACAGUUAUCCUUAGAAUGCAAGCAAACGUAAACACUCCAUGCAAACAGACUGCACGAACAGACAGAUUUUCACACACAGACAGGAAAUGGCGUCAGUUCUGGUCUCCAUGGGGAUGGAGGCAGUUGCUAGGUUACUGUGACACUAAGAUCUCACUCCUAGCUUUCCUCCAUCUCCCUCGCCUAAUAAGGAGCACUGUACUAUUACAAAGAAUUGCCUUAAUUUCAAAAUCCUCAUAUCCAUCUCUGUCAGGAAGAAUGUCAGACGAAAGCUUUUCUGUCCUUACCUUCCAAAGUGUGUGUGUAUGAAAUUAUGAAUUUAUGGCUAAUAGCUUUAUUUUUGGCUUUAUUUGCGCACAGUCCCAUGUAUGGCUUCAUAACUGCUAAAUAGCUUUAACUGCCAAUUGCAUCACAUACAAGAGGGUAGGGGUCAGUUGGUAUUGGAUGUUAAAUUAAGAGAACUGGGACUUCCUCUUGUGUUUUCCUAGUGCUCUGUGUGUGUGUGCGUGUAUGUGCGUGUGUGUGUUUGAAUGUAUGUAACAUAGUGUAAUGCCAAGAUCAGACCAUUCAGCCCAACAAUGCUCGCCAUUUUCCUAAGUAAAUUGUACCUAGUGCUUCGAUUAUCUGGAGGCUCGAUAGUAUCUAACAUUAAAUCAAGCCUGGUCUUGAAAGUGUUUCUUCCAAAACAUGACCUGGCAGGCUAUUUCACAUUGACUACUCUGCGUGAAAUAAAGCUUCCUAAUGCCUGUGUGAAAUUUA